AUGGCUACCUUUGACGACAUCCUGCAAGAAGCCGGCGAAUUCGGCUUUUUCCAGAAGCGCAUCUUCUCCCUGUUGUGUCUCGUCUCAGUGCCCUUUGCUGGAGUUUAUGUAGGCAUCGUGUUUCUGGGCUUCACCCCCGUGCACUGGUGCCGUAACCCCAUGGUGAAGGAGGUCCAGAUGCACUGUGGCUGGACCGUAGAGGAGUCGCUCAGGGUCAGUGUGCCUUUUCAGAACACGUCUGUUGGAGCGGUGCACAGUCAGUGUGAAGGGUUUGACAUCGAGUGGAACGUCACUCAUCUCAGCUGCGAUGACCUGGAUGGAGAGAUCGCAGAGGCAAAGCAUGCUACCCUGCCCACGAGUGCCUGCAAGGAUGGUUGGGACUAUGAUUAUGAGGGAAGAAAAUCCUUCGUCACUGAGUUUAAUAUGGUGUGUGAGAACGCUUGGUUAUUAGACAUGUGCCAGGCACUGCUCUCUGUUGGAUUUUUAGUAGGCAGCAUUGUCAUGGGAUACCUUGCUGACAGGUUUGGUCGAAAAUCAAUUUUUCUGGUGUCCUGUAUUCUGAAUAUAAUUACAGGAAUUCUAGUCACUGUAUCUCCUCACUACAUCGCCCUGCUGGUGUUCAGAGGGCUGUAUGGAUUUGGGACGAAGGGCGGCUGGAUGGUAGCAUUUGUUCUGAUUACAGAGCUGGUGGGUGUGGAGUACCGGAGGCCAGUAGCUGUGUUCUAUCAGAUGUUCUAUAGCAUCGGUCUCCUCAUCCUGCCCCUCAUAGCCUACCUCAUCAAGAGCUGGCGCUGGCUGCAGGUGGCCAUCACAGCUCCACAACUCUGCUUCCUGGCUUACUAUUGGUUUAUUCCUGAGUCACCGAGAUGGCUUCUCUCCCAGAACAACUCCAGUAAAGCUGUGGAGAUCACAAAGAAAAUGGCCAAAGAGAACAAGAAGAUGCUUUCCAAAAAUAUUGAGACACUUCAGGAGGAUAACACAGACAUUUCUGUUGCCUCUUUCAUGGACUUGAUCCGAACCCCCAAGAUGAGAAAACACACCUUCAUCCUCAGCUUCAACUGGUUCGCUAGCGCUGUGGUGUAUCAGGGUCUGAUCAUGCGUCUGGGGAUCCUGGGUGGAAAUGUCUACAUUGACUUCCUCAUUUCUGGCAUAGUGGAAUUCCCUGCUGCCCUCCUCAUCCUCUUCACAAUUGACCGAGUCGGUCGACGGCUGCCGUUUGCAACAGCCAAUAUUGUCUCCGGAGCUGCCUGCCUUAUAACGGCUUUCAUUCCAGAGAGUUUGUUCUGGUUUAAAACGACUGUGGCUUGCAUUGGGAGACUGGGAAUCACUAUGGCUUUUGAACUCCUGAUUUUUGUAAACACUGAGUUGUACCCGACCUUCAUCAGGAACUUGGGGUUUUCAGUGUGCUCUACUUUAUGUGAUAUCGGAGGGAUUGUAGCCCCAUUCCUGCUUUACAGACUUGCAGUCAUCUGGCUGGAGCUGCCACUUAUCAUUUUUGGAAUCCUGGCAGUGAUCGCUGGUGGUUUAGUCCUGCUGCUUCCUGAGACCAGAGGUGUACCUCUUCCAGAGACCAUCGAUGACAUUGAACACCCAAACAAAAACAAAGAUAAAAGUCAUCAGCUGGAUAAUCUCCUGCAGCCAGAUGUGACACAAAAUAAAGAAACUACAACAGUUUAA